GAUAAAAAAAAAAGAGAGUGAAAAUGAUAAAUUUUGAGUAGUUGGAGUAGGAGAAAUUAAAUAGUACAAUAAAGAAUUAAAUAAGAAAGAUAGACACUCCCAUCUACAUCCUAAAUUUUAGUCCAUAAUAAUUUCAGCAAACUUUUGAAUUUUCUGAAUUUUACUUUCCCUUUUUUAUAUAAAAGAAAACUGUGAUGUCAAUACUCAGGAGACCAAAAACUAGGAGACAGUCUUAUGCACUUGUAUUGGGAAAGAAUCAUAUUUCUAUAUUGAUUUCUUCUCUCAUCAACUUUUUAAAUUUUUAUAGUAUUUAAUACUAGUAAAUUUUGUUUUUACUCCUUUCAUUGAUAAAAAUUUUCUGCACCUCUCUAGUUAUGAUGAUGAAUAGGGUCAGAUAUUUCUAUUCAUAUGGAUCCUCAUAAUCUUUUUAUUUAUUUAUUUAUUACAAGUUCCUUUAUACAACUCACCUUAAAUAUUGUUCUUGUCUUCUCAUCUUUAAGUCUUGCUUCUCCCAAAUUUCUUGUUCUUUCCUCUUUUUUGUUGUUAAAAGGAAGAAAAAAAAAAUGUGGAACCUUAACGACUCACCUGACCACCACGAAGCAUCCGACAGUAGAGGGAAUCGGUUUGGACACGUGUCAAACUACAUGAGCCAAUCUACCACUUGGCUAUCGUCAGUGCCUCCGGUGACCCGGAAUUUCUUUCCGAGUCAAGUCAUGGAACCGGGAAUAUAUGGUUCCGGUUUCAACAGAAGCCAAGGUGGGGGUAAGUCGGAUCCGAGCGGGUCCGGUCGACCAGAUGAGCUGGCGCCGGAGAUAUCGCCGCCGUUAAAGAAGAGCCGGCGUGGUCCUCGCUCACGUAGCUCUCAGUAUAGAGGAGUCACGUUUUACCGACGAACCGGAAGAUGGGAGUCACAUAUUUGGGACUGUGGGAAGCAAGUGUACUUAGGUGGGUUUGACACAGCACAUGCCGCUGCUCGUGCCUAUGAUCGAGCGGCAAUUAAAUUCAGAGGUGUAGAUGCAGAUAUUAAUUUCGACAUUGAAGACUACGUGGACGAUUUGAAACAGAUGGGGAAUUUGACAAAGGAAGAGUUUAUGCAUGUUCUUCGAAGGCAAAGCACUGGGUUUCCAAGAGGCAGUUCUAAAUUCAGAGGUGUUACUUUGCACAAAUGUGGAAGAUGGGAGUCUCGUUUGGGUCAAUUUCUCAACAAAAAGUACGUUUAUUUGGGUCUCUUUGAUACCGAGAUUGAAGCUGCAAGAGCUUAUGAUAAAGCUGCAAUAAAGUGUAAUGGGAAAGACGCAGUUACCAACUUUGACCCUAAAGUAUACGAGGAAGAAGAGCUUAUUAUUAGCUCAGAGUUGAAGUGGAAUGAUCAUAGUCUUGAUCUAUGUCUAGGAGAAUCAAGCUCGGAAGAGUUAGGAUUCAGAUCCGAGAUUGCGAGCUUAACGAAUAGGAUUGGAGAUGAGGAAAGAUUAUUAGGGAGUGAUCUAUCGCUAGCCAUGACGACGACAGCAGUCAGAUCAGACGGUGGAGGAAGCCGAGUAGGAAUGGCAGCAUCAUCAGGAUUCUCUCCUCACCCUUCUUCUCCUUGGCACCACCCCACCCCUAACAACUUCCACUUCUUUCGUCACUGAUUCAUUCAUCACCAUUAUCACAAUCAUCUGAGCUAGUGUGAAUUAAAAUAUGCUUUGGGAGAAUUUGAAUGAUCAUUUCUCGAGUUAAUUUUUUUUGGCUCUGUCUAUGUAUGUAUACAUAUAUAUGCUCUUGAGUCGAUAUAAGAGUUUCUUCUUUCAUUAGUUUAAUCAGGCAGCAAAAGCUAAUUUUAAUCUGAA